UCUUGGAUACAAGUAAGGUUCAUCCUCUGCCGUCCUCUGACUCGACUGCCCUGCCCAGUGUUUCUCACUCCUGUAAUUAAAGAGAAAACAAUAUGCGAGCUGGAGAUGAAGUGACCGAGAUAUCAUAUAUCACAGUUAAGGCGACGCAUUAACAUACACAUCUGAUAUUUAAGACAUAAUAAUGGAUCACUUUUCACACCCAUCACGUCAUAACUGAAACACCUACACACAUUCAAGUGGUUUCAUUUCCUAUUCGUUGAAGUCGGAAAGUAGAACGCCCUCCGCGUCCAGUUGCUUCUUCUGCUAUCCCGUCUCUGAAAGGGGGGAGGGGCGGAUUCAGACAGCUAGACAGCUCUUUUAAUUAAUUUGUCGUGUUUGUACAGCAAAGAGCACUAUCGGCGACGGAGCACAAAUUACAACAUGGAUGCAUCAAGUUUCGUGAACGUAACAGCGCCCAGAGCAACGGACGGGGCAGUGGGUAAGUCUGUGUGGUACAACCUGAGUGUGGCUGCACUCUCGGUGCUGGGAUCCGUGGGUAACGGUUUGUGCUGCUACGCCCUGCUAAGAUACAAGUUCCUGCGGUCGGUGCCCAACUUCCUUGUCACCUCUUUGGCUGCGUCGGAUCUCGUCCUCUGCCUGUUGGUCAUGCCUCUGACCGUGUACGAUGGACUGAGACAGGGAGGAUGGACCCUGGGGAGCGUCUUGUGUCGUCUCUGGCCGUUUUUCAUUUCCAUCGGAGCCGUGUCCUGCAGGCUGAGCCUGUGCCUGAUUUCCUUGGACCGCUGUCUGUCGGUGGCAGCGCCCGUCCGGUACCUGCGGUACCGGAAACCUCGCGUCGUUGUGGCCGGCAUUCUCUGCAUGUGGCUGGCAGUAGUCGGUGUGUCUUUACCGCUCCUCGUGUCAGACUUGGCAUAUCGGGGCGACCGCUGCUCCCCUUCGGGGGCGAUCUUCGCAAGAAAUGGUGUCUUGAAUGGGUGCUUGUUUGUGGGUCCUACGUUCAUUCUCUUGGUUGUGAACGUGUGCACGGCUCGGAUCACGUGGAAACUCAACCGCCCGCGCAGAAUUGGCCCCGCGCCGGGCCAAGCCAGAACGCCCAGCCGACGCGAGGCACGAGCCGACAACCUGGAGUCAAACCAAUUUCACCCUGACCAACGCGGAUGCAGCAUUCGGGGCUCUACCGCCAGGGGGCCCGCGGGUGUAGCAACCGACGCAGCACUGGCUAACAUUCCCGGCCCAUCCUUGUCUCAAGAACACCGACGCAACCCAACCGGUGUCGGCGCUGCUUCGGCGAUGGCGUACGCGGGUCGGGAGCAAAGCUCAUCCGUACAACGGGGCAACUGGCAACAGAUUGUCAACGUCAUGGCGAUGCGAAGGAGGAAGUCCUUUGCAGUGAUCGGCGUGGUGGUCGGGUCUUACAUCGUCUGCUGGACGCCGUCAUUCUGUGUCGCCCUGUAUUACGCGAUGCAUCCGGAAAUCCGCCAGGCCUUGGUGAAUCCCUGGCCGUUGGUAGCUUGCCGAUGGCUUGGGUUUUUCAAUAGCACCAUUAACCCUAUCAUUUACGCCUCCAUGAAAAAAGAUUACAAGCGAGCCAUAAAAAUGUUGCUACGAUGCAGGAGAGCCUAGAUGUCUAGACUGGUCUCACUU